UACUACAUGCAUGGUGUGGUUGUCUUAGUCUUAUCUUAAAGCAAAGCAUAAGAACACUAAUAGGGAUUUGGAUAUUUAUCUGAAUUAAGAAAAGUACUCUAUAUAUAUAUACAUGAUGAUGGCUUUGCAUGGAUCAAAAAGGGUUCUGGUGAUUUGUUUUCUUUUAAUUCUUCUUUCAGCCUAUGUAACUUCUUCUCAUCAAUACACUGACCAAAAAACAAAUGAAACCAAAGGAGUUGAUGGUAAUUACAAUCAUCAUGCUAAAGUAUUUUACAAACACACUUGGCCGGGGAUGAAAUUUGGGUGGAGGAUAAUAGUGGGCACCAUAAUUGGAUUUCUAGGAUCAUCAUUUGGGACUGUAGGAGGUGUUGGUGGGGGUGGUAUAUUUGUGCCUAUGCUUACCCUUGUUAUUGGAUUCGAUGCAAAAUCAGCAACAGCAAUAUCCAAAUUCAUGAUUACUGGUGGAGCUGGAGCAACUGUUUUCUACAACUUGAAGAAAAGACACCCAUCUCUUGACUUGCCUGUGAUUGACUAUGAUUUAGCACUUCUUUUCCAACCAAUGUUGAUGCUUGGAAUCAGUCUUGGAGUUGCUUUCAAUGUUAUUUUUCCUGAUUGGAUGAUAACAACUUUGCUAAUCAUAUUUUUCACAGGUAUUUCAGUUAACGCUUUUUUAAAAGGUGUUAACACAUGGAAAAAAGAAACCCUCACUAAGAAGGAAGCUAGGGAAAAUUUACAAUUAAGUGAUGUUAGAAGGACAGAAGAGGGUGCACUUGAUCUUCAAGCAGGGGAGUCAGUCAAUGAAAGUCAAACCAAUACCAAUCUACCAAGAAAAAAUGUUUCUGUUAUGGAAAAUGUUUAUUGGAAGGAACUUGGACUUCUUUUCUCUGUCUGGAUCAUGAUACUUGCAUUACAGAUAGGAAAAAAUUACACAACAACUUGCUCGGUAGCAUAUUGGAUAUUGAAUCUACUUCAGGUACCUAUAACUGUAGGAGUGAGUUCAUAUGAGGCUGUACUUUUAUACAAAGGUAAAAGAGUUAUAGCUUCCAAGGGAGAUCAGCAAACACAAUGGAGUGUGCAACAAUUAAUUCUAUAUUGUGCAUGUGGCAUAGUUGCUGGCAUAAUUGGGGGCUUGCUUGGUCUUGGUGGAGGAUUUAUCUUGGGCCCACUUUUCAUUGGACUAGGAAUCCCUCCUCAGGUGUCAAGUGCUACAUCCACUUUUGCAAUGACAUUUUCUGCAUCUAUGUCUGUGGUGGAAUAUUACCUUCUCAAACGUUUUCCUAUUUCAUAUGCUCUUUACUUUGUAGCCGUAGCAACUGUUGCUGCACUUAUUGGGCAGCAUUUGGUGAGAAAACUUAUUGCCAUAUUAGGGAGAGCAUCAAUCAUCAUUUUCAUCUUAGCCCUCACAGUUUUUGUGAGUGGAAUAUCAUUAGGUGGAACAGGCAUAGCAAAUCUGAUUAAAAGAGUUGAAAACAAGGAGUACAUGGGGUUUGGAAACCUUUGUGAGUAUCGGGUUCGGAAUUAAACUGAUCACUUACCGUAAUUCUAACAAACUUAUAUUCAUAUCAAAUAUAUCUUGCAUAUAUGUUUGAUAUCUAGUAAGUAUAAAGCUAUGUCUUAAAGAAGUGGGUUUGGUUGCAAAUCAAAUUGGUACAUCAUAAUCAUUCAUGAAAAUAACUUUAAUUGUAAUUAUGAUAAAAAUCAAACAUACUUAAUUAUCUAACAUUUGUAAUUGAUUGAUACUAUAAAAAUUCUUUACACUAUUUGUGUAUAUGAAUUAGAUUAUUUUUAUAUUUUGACAAACAAAAUUGUGUAUACUAUAACAUUCCAUUACUGGCUGGCUGCAUAAUGCAUGCUUCUAAAUAAGGGCUGUUUGAAUGUCAAGUAA